CGUCAAAGUCCUCAAUGGCCUGGUGUCCCUUGCAGCCUGUUCAUGUUCCAAUCCAUCCUCCCAUCCGCUGCUGGGACGUCGUGGCAGGACACCGAUUCUUUUUUCUGGUUUACGGUGCUGCUCCUUGUCUGAGCUUUUGACUUCCCUUUUCUACUUUGUUUUUUUUGGUUCCUAGGAGUUCUUGUUCCAAUGCAACUGCAGCACUGUCGAUCCAGGUGACACUCUGCUGCUCUUGGGACGCAGCCAACCUCGUCCUCCCAGCAAGGCAGAAUGUCAUCUCCAGCUGUGCUCUCCAAUUUCCUAGGUUCUCUUCCACCAAGGCCGCCGACCCCACCGCGAGAAGCACACCAUGAGGCUGCAGUUCCGAUUAAACCUUCGCUGGGCUCCAUCGAUACCCAACUGAGUCUGCACACUCCACCCGGACACUCACCCGCCUCCUCCAUCACGACCUCGACCUCGCACCGGAUUCGGAAGAAGGUUGGGUUUUCGGCCGAGGCCGAGUACAAGGACCCGCCUGUGUACGUUGACGGCGAGGGAGUGAGGCAGCACCCCACCCCCGUGUCCUUGUCUCGGAGCGCGUCGAAGCCCGUCAAGUCAAUCCUCAAAGUCACCGCCAACGCCCCCAACCUCCUCGACCCCACGGCUGGGAGUGACUGCGACCCUUCAAACCUCCAAGUCAACUUGGCCGCCAUGUUGGAAUCCACGCUCCAGCAGCUCGCCGGCGGCGACCGCGACUCCAAACUGGACGCCUACCUGAUGCUCACCCGGGCAUGGAAAGCGUCCAACAAUUUGCCCGACCGCGUGGCUCUACAGGAGAAGAUGACUCUCUUCACCCAGUUUAUGCAACGGGAUAUCGUGGCCAAGUCACCCGAAGGCACCCUCGACACCUCCCUCGUCAACCAUGCCCUGAACCUGCUCAACACCUUCCUACACUUCCCGGCAAUUGCCUCGACCAUCUCGAACGACUUCGGCAUCUUCCUAGUCGACCACUGCAUCCGCUCUUUCGAAGACGCGUCUGUUCCGAAAGACACUGCCCGCAGGCUCAUGCAGGCCAUCUCGUUACAGAACUUCUCUUCGAAAGUCAUGACUCCCGACAGAGUGGGGAGACUGGUUUCCUCGCUCCGCAACAUCGAAGAACAUCUGAAGGGGAAGAGCAUUGUUUUGUCCCGAGUCUUGAUCUACCGGAAACUGGUCCAGCAGGCCAGGCAACCCAUGGUUUCCUAUUCAGAUUGGCUGCUCGACAUGUUCACCGACAUGCUGAGCAAUGUGAAGGAUAUCCGAUCGGCGGCUAUCUCUUUGGGACUAGAAGCAGCCUUUAGUAUCGGCCACGAAAAGUCGCUCUCCCGGAAGGUCAUGGAGGUGCUCAAUCUGUCGUACGAGGAUAGGCGGUAUAUCGAGUACUAUGAAGCGAAGCUCAACGCCAUGGCGAAGAACAAGCACGAGUCAGCCGUUGUCCCAGAGAUCUGGAGCAUUGUCCUUCUUCUUCUCCGCAUUCGACCGGAAAAGUGGGAGUUUGGCAAACGUUGGCUUCACAUCAUCCAGAACUGUUUCAACAGCACCGAUUUUCCGACCAAGAUCGCCGCAAACCAUGCCUGGGGCCGUUUCGUCUAUCUUAUGCUCCUUGAAUCUAAGGCAUUGUCGGCGAAGAACAUGUCCAUCCUCACUUCCCCUCUCAUAAGCCAGCUGCUCAGGCGAAAAGGAUCCGGCAGGACCUCGGAGGAGUUGAGACAAACCGUGUUAGGGGGGAUCUGCAACCUGUUCUACUACGCCUUCAAACCCAACACAAGUUAUGACGUCCUAGACGGCUAUUGGGACAGCAGCCUCGAGCAUGUUCUCAGAAAGCUGCUCGAGCCGACGGCCGAGGCUGCCGAGGGCAACCUGUGCCAGGUUAGCGCCAUUUUAUCAGGUCUGUUCGACUGCACCACACCGCGGAGAUGGAGAGUCGACCACAUCGCGGAAACUUCAGUUGUGAGGCCCGACGAACUUCCUGCCAUCGACCCAAAAUGGCUCAGGCAGAAUAGCAACCGGGUCUUUGCGGUGGUUGAGCCAAUACUUGAGCAGGACUUCUUUGCGCUGGCCAAAUUGGGUAGCGCCACACACAACCUUUGGCAGACUUUGGUUACUACAGUGGCCUCCGCCGCAGCCAAGGAGAUCAAAGUGUCCAAGGACACUUCCCUCUUUGUUGCAGAGGCGCUGGCUGUGUUGCAGAAACUCUGGAGCCGUGGCUUAACGAACAAGGCGGAUGCUACCGUCAGUUCGGCGGAUUUUCUGCUGUCAGCUCGGGCGUACUUGGAGAUCAUGACCAGCUCCCUAGGCGUCCUCCCUUUUACAGAGAAGACUGGCAAACCCCACUCAUGUGCCAGACCGCCUCUCUACACGCUCUUCUCCAUGUUGUCAGCCCUCCCACCAGAUGUUCCGGACGAUGCAUGUUUCGCCACGUUCUUUCGUGAAAUUUUUGCCCCCUUUUUUGACUCUAAGGGAGACAAAGCAAGAAUGGACCUCGCUCAGGACCUUAUCUCAGUCAUUCCAAUGGACAAUCCUCGGCCCUUUGGCGCUUGGGUGUUGGUGGCUGAGAAUAUCUUUUGCUGGCUUGAGCCAGGCCAUCAUAGCCACCAGUCAACUGCUUCAGCGGGUGAGACACCCGUUGGGCACGACUACCGCGAUAUCGUGAAGGUUCUCGAGCGCGGACUCAGGUCGACGCCCAACCUUCCAUAUGACGAGUGGGAAAGCUUGUUCCACGCGUGCGUCAAGCGAGUGCGCGAGGAAACCGGAGAUGCAGGAGUGGCGAUUGUGGUGAUUGAGCCCUUGGCCAAGGUUUUGGCUGAGUUGUUCACCGCUCAAGACGGCGUUCAGAGGACACUUUUAUGUGUCAGAUAUGUGGCCGAGUUGGUUUCUGUCGCAACCCAGCCGCGCGACAGACAAGCCGUUGAUGCUGCUCGGAAACGACUCUGGGGCACGGUCCUGGCCGGUUCGCGCUCCUCAUCCUUCGACACCUUCGACAACCUUUACAGACUCAUCAACGAGGUUCUGGGUUUCUUGUACAACCACCUCAACCUUGUUCACCACGACGACGAGUUUGACUUCGUCAACCGGGAUUUUACUACGGCGCACCUUUUCAAGGAGAUUAGCGGCUUCUUCGAUAGAUGCAACAGUCACCUGCUUUUGAGAGCGAUGGUCUCUGUGCAAGACGGUUGUCUCCCUUGGUUUGAAGACCAAGAACGACUGCUUGGCAGCGUUCCUAACCCUGUCCUUGCGGCUACUAAAUCGCUGUGGGACAAGCUCUCUCACCUGAUCGCUAGUAUCGAGCAUCCUGAGCAGCAUCUGCAAUUCCUGGAGCGGUUCUUCUGCGCAUCGUUUGCUUCAUGCCAUCGAGCUAUGGUUAAUGGCGCCAUUUCCCUGUGGAACAGACUUUUCCAGAACGUUGGACACCUGGACUAUCCGGAAGAGCUCCGAGCUGCACUGGAGAGAUUGCAACUUCAAGCCGAUAUCAUUUUGCCCGGGUUGGAGGUGUCGAGCGCCGAGUAUCCUGCGCAGCAACCAGCAUUCAUUGAAUCAUUCGAGAACUUCAGCUUACCCCGGUUGCCUUCGACGCGAUCCAGCAGUCGAAUCGGGACGCCGAGACCAAGCUCGUCGCAAGCCAAGUCGCCCGCAUCCACCAGGGCUUCCUGGAGGCAUCUUGAUCGAUCCCCUCAGCGGAAGCCAGCCGCAGCCAACUGGCGCAACACGACCCCUCGACUCAGACAUGACGACUCGCAGAUUCAGUUCGCUGCGAUUGAACCUUCCUCUGCCAUGGGUAGUCUACUCGAGUCCCAGGUCUUGACGGAGCGGCAAAAGGAGAUCCGUGACCGGCAGCGCGAGAACGCUGCUUUAUUCCCUGAGAUCCGGUCUAGUCCGGGUAUAAAGUCUAAAGUAUCCGGUCGACAAAUGGAAUCAGCCGGAACUCGAACUCGGCAAGACGCUACCCCUGAACCCGAGAGAGGGUUUGACGACUACAUCUCGUCAACUCCGACUCCACGCCGUGGCCAAGUCGUUGUCAUCCCCGAGCAUGACCUGACGGAUCCACCUUCAUCGCCUCCGGAGCUUAGGGGAAAUCCACUUGCAGCCGAGAUAAGAUCAAGGUCUGCUAGCCACAGUCUCAUGGAAGAAUGGCAGUUUUCUUCCUCACCAGUUUCAGGGUCGCCCAAUCCGAACCGGCAUGAGAUUGUUCCCGACCCUUCGAGCAAACGUGGUUACGUCAACGUUGUGACUCUGCCCAGAGCUGAGGAUGCUGGUUCCGAGGUUCCUAGCAGUCCGGCAAAGGCAGAAAGCAGAGCAGAGUCCCAGUCGGCCGUGGAUGAGAUAAUCGAAGAUAGUAUGAUCCUCGAGGUGGUGGAGGUGGCUCCAAUCCCAGAACCGGCUGAGAUUUCGAAGGAGAUCCCGUCUACUCCGCGGCGAUCCUCUCGGCUUUUCCAAGCCAGAUCUCGGGAGACGCCGACUCCAAAGUCUGACGCCGAGGAGUUCGUGGACGCACCAACCAGUCCUCUGCCGCCUACUCCCAAGAAGACGGAGAGAGCUGCCAAGCCGGCCGAGUCAUCAAAAGCGAGGCCACCAUUCCACAUCCCGACAGACAAUACCUCGUUCGAGGUCAGCGAUCUCGACGAAAAGAGUCUGAUCAGGCUGGUAGUUGAGUUGGACUCGGUUAAGACUGACCGCUCAGAGUAUUACCAGCCUUCACCUUCGGUGUCUCCUGAGGGCAAGGGGCAGGGGUCACCAGUCAUCGACUGCAUUGUGGUCGGGGACAGUCCGCAGAAACCGGUACCGCCAGCGCCACCUAGGUUGACCAGAACUAGCUCAGCGGCAUCUGCCGUCUCGUCUAGCGCUGAACCAGAGGGUAUCGCGACCUCGCAGUCAAAGACCCGUCCAGGGCGACAGAAGAGAAAACGGGCUUCGUCCAAGGCACAAGGGACCAUCCCCAAGAAGAAGCGGCAUGAUUCGAGCCAGGACAUAAGCGGAAUCCCGGCGAGCCAGACAGCGACUGUUGACGAUGUGGAUGUCGAAGUUCAUGCCUCUGCAGAGAUGCCGGCCAUCGCCGCGGAAGGCGAGCAGAAGGAGGGAAACCACGAGGAACGCAUCCCUAGUUCUUCGGCCGAGCCCUCAAGUUUGGAAAACCAGAACCACGAGGACUGCUCGCAGUACUCUGUGGUCCCCGAGGCCGGAGACGUCAUGGAAGUCGAAGAAGACGACCAAGGUGUGCAGUCCCAGAUUGCUCUCGAACUCAAUCACAGUUGCCUGCAAGAGGAUGAUAGAAGGCCAAACUCCGAAGAGAAUCCCCUCGAGUCUCCACCCCAGGAGGAGGUAAUGCAAGCCGAUUCUCAACAACCCACCAUUGAUGGAGAAGCGGAAGAAGGAGCUGCCGACAUUGCGGCAGGACCUGUCACGAGCCAAGAAGUAGCACCUGUGGCGAACCGGGUGCAGAAGAUAUUGAGCCUGUUUCGGGAUGGACUUGAUGAGCUGCGGCAGGCGGCGCUGUCGAGGCAGGAGGUCUAUCAGAUUGAGGACAUGUUUAUGGAUAUCAAGAGGGAGCUGUACGAGGCAGAACGGCGUGGGCGAGCAUAGGCAGUUUCCUUUUAGCAUGAUUCACGGGGUUUCUUCCUGGGUCGGUUGGUGUUAUCCGUACAUGGUGUGAUGGGUAUAGGUAUUGGUUGGCUCUUGUUCAAAAUGGACUAGCAUCGGCAUAAGCUGUUGUUGAAGACGUGUAAGGUGUACUAGCAGGGCGCAAUGGAGCAUGACUGAGGCAAUGGUCUUAGCGCUAUUGGACAGCGAGUAAACUUCCUGAAGGAGGGGAGUUGGUGACUGCCUUUGACGAGGGAUGUGCGAUCGACGAUGUCACAUUCAUGAAGGGAAAGAAGGGAGCUUGGACCAUUUUAUGAGGGCCAGACCUGAUCUGUUUGAGGUCAGCGGUGCGUCAGUGACGGCACACGCAGCUGGCGUGUGUUUCAGGUUAUGCACCUGACGGCACCGGGGACGAGACUGUGUUACAGGUC